AUGGAUUACACUCGGCUUCGCGCCGCCGCGAUGAGCGCCGAGGACGAGGAAGAAGCGGUCACGGUAGACACACGGGCGCUCAUCGACAAAGUCCUGGCGCGGUACUCGGGCGAGUGGACAACACUACGAGAACUCAUCCAGAAUGCGGCCGACGCCCAAGCGACGACAGUCAAAGUCAAGUGGGAGACGCUCCCGUCAACACAAGUACCCGUCCCGGCAGCCACGGCCAACAACCAGACCGAGCUCAUCAAGCACACGCUCUGCCACCACACACUGCAGCGGCUGGUGGUGACGAAUAACGGCAUGCCGUUUACUAAGACCGACUGGGGCCGGCUGAAGAAGAUUGCCGAGGGCAACCCGGACGAGACCAAGAUCGGGGCGUUUGGCGUGGGGUUUUAUAGUGUGUUUGCCGAUUGCGAGGAGCCGUUUGUCAGCUCCGGGCAGGAGGCUAUGGCGUUCUACUGGAAAGCGAAUGCGCUGUUCACGAGGAAGGUGACGCUGCCGGCUGGGCAGGGUAGCCCGGACACGUCGUUUGUGCUGGACUACCGGAGCACGACGACGCCGCUGCCGAAUCUGCUGUCGGUCAGCCAGUUCUUGGCGACGAGCUUGACAUUUGUGGCGCUGCAGAAUAUUGAGUUCUGGAUUGAUGACUGGAAAGUGCUGUCGCUGCAGAAGAAGGCUUCGCCGGCGUUGGCAAUCGACAUCCCGCGCGACCUUGAGACCAGGACGAAGGAAGGGAUCAUGCGGCUUACAUCGGCCGACCGCACGGGGGUGCAGAUAGACGCGACGUUCAUGAGCGUCAUUGGGUGGAAGCCGCAGGCGUCGACAACAGGCACGGCCAAGUCGAACAACAACGAGCCGGCGUACUCGACGGAGCUCCCGUCCCUCAAAAGCUUUUUCUCCCGGCUCACAUCCGGGUCCUCGUCAUUAUCGGCGGCGUCGAAGCAGAAGGCAGCAGCGGCCAAAGAGGAAAAGGCGAUUCAAGAUUCAAUAGCGGAGGAUCUGACGGCCUUGUCUCGGUCGGUCAUCUUUCUCCGCGUGACGUCAGCGCAGAUAGCAGCCACCGUGGGUGGGCAGUUUGCUAAAGAGCUAGAGCGGGCGACCAAGAAACCGCCGCCUAAGGCACCGAAGAUUUCCAUCUUGACGUCGUCGUAUGAAGAGACGCUAGCGUCAUCGUCAUCGUCAUCGUCGGACGACACAUCGAACGAUGCGGCCAAGAUUGCGGACGUGUUCGCGUCGGUGCUGCCCAGCAAGAAACCAGGCGGGGGCCGUAUCUUUAUUGGGUUUCCAACCACGCAGACGACGGGAGGUGGGAUGCACAUCUCGGCGCCGUCGGUGAUCCCCACGGUGGAGCGCGAGGCGAUCGACUUGAACGCGCGGUGGGUGCGAUCGUGGAACAUGGAGAUGCUGCGGGCGGCGGGGGUCAUGUCGCGGCUGGCGUUUGCGGACGAGAUGGCAGAGCUAGAUCAGAAGCUGCGCAGGAUGUCUGGGGGUAGCGGAAAGAAGAAAGAUAUCUCGGCGGCGGACGUGCAGAAGUGCAUACCCGAGGCGCUGCACAUCUUGAAGACGUACACGUUCCAGGACUCAACGCCGAGCUCGCAGGUAUCGCAGGUGAUCGAGGAGGCAUUCUGGACGGCGUGGAAACGCCCCGUGAUGGACGUGUUUUCGUCACGCGGCGUGCUGUCGACGUCGCAGGUGCGCACGUCGUCGGACGAGAUCGCCAAGUUUGUGGCGGGCAUCCCCGUGGUGCUGGAGGCGAUGAAGCAGGACCCUUUCAUCCAGCGGCUGAUCGAUUUUGGGCUGAUCAAGGAUGCCACGGUGCAGGAUAUCUGCCAGGAGCUUGGGGCCAAGGCGCUGGACCGGGACCAGCUUGUACACUUCUUGCAGUGGAUCACCAAGGGCGCGUCUACGAACAAGCUCGACCCGCGCAGCGUGCAAGACCUCUUGGGCGUGGCUGUGGCUACGAUUCCGGGACCCAAUGCAGGCGACAAAAGCACCGCAGGCAGCGAUGUCGGGGAGAUCAUCGCGCUCGGGACGAUCCGGAACUAUCCCAACAACAAGAUCCCGCCGGCGCUUCCCUUCCCACCCACGACGAUCCCGAUGGCGUACAUUGGCGGCAUCCCUGAGACGUCACUGCAGGCGCUCGGGUGGCAACCGCUCGGGGUCGUGGACUGGCUGCGGUUCCUGAUCCAGUCGGCAGCAUCUCGAGGCCAUCCUGACGCGGAGAACCUGACCAAGAACGACGAAUUUGCUCUACGGGUGCUGACGGUGCUGUCCAAGAAUUGGGACAACCUCAGCCAAAGCUCCAAGGCAUCUGUGGUGUCGGCGCUACAAGAGCUCACGGUCAUGCCGACGAAAGCGGGCAUGCGGAAACCAGCCGAGUCCUUCUUCCCGACGGUCAAGCUAUUCGACGACCUGCCGACGCUGCAAGGGUGCGCCCAGCUCAAGGACAAGUUCCUGGUGGCGCUCGGGGUCCGCAAGACGGUCGACCUAGACACCAUCUUCACGCGCCUACUGAGCCCUGCACCUACCACUGCCUCGCCAACCGGCGACAACCGUCCCAAAUGGAGCCACAUGGAACUGAUCAAGUACCUCGCCUCGGUCCAGAACGACAUCCCCAGCGCCGACAUGACCAAGCUGCGGGGGUCGCCGCUGUGCCCGGCCGAGGCCGGCCCGCGCGGGAUGGAACCGACCCGCGGCAGUACCCGGCUGUACCGCGUGUCGGAGCUGUAUGAGCCCAAGGACUCGCUGCGGGUGCUGGGCCUGCCUAUCCUGCACUGGCCCGGUCCGCCGGGCAGUUUUCGCAGCGGGAGCGUUGAGGCUAGGUUUCUGUAUAGUCUCGGUUUGCGUCCGUAUCCGUCUGUGCCGGAUUUGGUGGAUAUGAUGGCGUCGCCGGGGGCGGAUAAGGAGGGCUUGCGGACCAGCGCGAUGCAGUAUUUCCUGUCGAAUCAUCGGCAUAAUGAGUACUCGCACGUGGACCUAUCGACGUCGGAUAAGUGUUUCUUGCCGCUGGAGGAGAAACAACAACAAAAACUGGUGUCUCCCAGAGCGUGCUACACCAACGAACGGGCCGCCGUACUAGGGUACUCCAUCCUGCGCCGGGAUUUGCACGUGCAUGCCGACAAGCUGGGCGUCGCGCGCGAUCCGCCCAUGCCUGGCUGUGUCGAGCGGCUGAUUGCGAAGCCGCCGCGGGACCGGGUGAUGGCUGUGACGCUGUUUGCGUACUUUCGCAGUCGGCUUGGGGAGAUUGGGCAGCAGAGUCGGACGCGGUUGCGUGAUGCUGCGUUUGUGCCUAUUUUCAAGGUUGGGUCGAAUUCAGGGGCGACUUCAACAGCAGAAGGGUCAAAGUCAGUCACCCAUGUGCGCCCAGCGCACUGCUAUCUGGGCAGCUCGGCCACGUACCAAGAUAUCUUCGACUUUGUCGAUUUUGGCGUCGACGGCAACGCGUUCCUGGCGCACUGCGGAGCCAAGACAGAGCCGUCGAAGCACGAGAUCGCACAGAUGGCGUGCUCCGAGCCGGCACGCUUGCUCAGCGUGCUGCAGAGCCCGGAUAAGUACCUCGGCCUGCUGCGGUCGAUCGCCGAGGACUUUGGCACUCUCAAGGGGGACCGCGAACUGGUGCGCAAGAUGAAGACGAACGCGUGGUUGCUGGGGUUUCGCGAGGUAGCCCCUGCUAAGAGCAGAACUCCCAGAAUCUUGGGCGGUAAUAAGGCUGAGAAGGACGACGACGGCGAUGAUGACGACGACACGCCCCCCAUCAAGCACUACCAGCUGGCCAAGGCCGACGAGAUGGUCAUCCUCGACGACUACAUCAGCUACCGGCUGUUCAAGGACACGCUGCUGUGCGCCCCCGAGGACGACCAGCUCGAAUUAUUCUACACGACCCUCGGCGCGGCCACGCUGGGCAGCAAGGUCAAGGAGGACCUGUACGUCGGCCAGCGCGCGCGGGACCAGCGCGGCGCCGACUGGUUGCGCAAGCACGUGCUGGAGCGCUCUAAGCUGUUCCUGCACGAGUACGCCAAGGACAAGCUGUCCGACGCCGUCAAGCAUGACGCCCAGUGGCUUGACAAGAAUCUGCAGGUGAUCGCCGUGUCAUCGCUGGGGCUGCGGCGGUCGUUGAGAGCCGGCGGGCUGAAUGCUAAGACACACCAGGAGAAGCGCUCGGCGGCUAGCCAAAAGUUAGGCAUCGGGUAUACGCUGUAUGUGGCCGAUAACGACGGGAGGGAUAACAACAAGCCCGAUAUGUAUCAGGUCGGCAUGGCUAUUUGCCAGUUGCUGCUGGCCCGGCCGAACCAGCAGGCCUACUUCUUCUUUGAGCCGUUUCUGAAGCUGGGCUUGCUGGACUUGCGCGCCCGGGGUUACAAUGUCGACCGUAUUCUACGUGCCAAGGCCGCUGAGGCUAGGCUGGCUGAGGAAGAGCGGCGCAAGGCCCUCGAGGCCGAGCAGGCGCGCAUUCGGGAGCGUCAGAAAGAGUGGGCGGCCCAGGAACCUACCCAGGAUGUUGUUGCUACGACGCCUGAACGCCCCAAGGGUCGCAUGCCGGGGAGCUUUGACGACUCGCCGGAACAUGCUCACCCCCCGGCGUUGCCUGAGCCACAGCAGCAUACCCACCGGCCGAGAUGGCCGGGCAGUGGCGGUGGUGGUGGUUUAUUCUCGAACCUAUCUAGGCGUCUGGGGUUCAGCGAUGAUCACGACGAACAUGACAACAACGGUCGGCCGUCAUCCAACUCGGAACUCGACAAGUUCCUCCCUCCUCCAUCUCCCCAGGGAACAAAGCCCACCUCACCAACAACGCCCAAACCCCCCAACGACGACGAACGCGUCACCUCCCCCGCCACCAUCCAACAAAACCUCCUCAACGCCAUCCGCUCCACCCGCGCCCACGAUUCCACCACCCUCUUCGCCCCGCCCAAUCAGACCACGGUGCAGGAACAGACCUCCUACUGCGACAGCACUCCCGCCCAGAACCUGGUCUUCGCCGCCGACGCGCCGCGGGGUAUGCGCGUGUUUCUCGACCGCGGACUAAGUCAGAAAUACCAGGGCGCCGCCGCGGGCCAUGGGGAGUUUAUUACCACGCAUGCCGAGGGAAUCGCGCGGUUUGAGACGUUGUUGAGGGAUGUGGCGGGUGUGUAUGGGUUGAGUGAACGGACGUUGCAUAUAUUUUGUGAUGAGCGCGGGGGCACGGUGGCGUUUAAUAGGGGGGGCAGUGUGUUUUGUAAUUUGAGGUUUUGGGAGCAGUUACAUGGGGGCAGGAAUUAUAGUGAGAGCGGGAGGGGGAGGGUUGAGGCUACGACGUGGUGGUGGGUGGUGGUCGCGCAUGAGUUGGCGCAUAAUUUGGUGUCGGUGCAUGGGUCUGAGCAUAGUUAUUACUCGGAAUCGUUUGUGCAGCAGUACUUUCCCAAGAUGAUGGCCAAGGCCGCUGGGUGGUUGGCCGCGGAGGGUACGACGCCGGCUUUGGCUUCGGCUUCGAGUGCGACUACAACGUCGGGAGCAGCCUCGGCGGCGGCCGAACCUGCGCAUGGCGUGCCGAGGGUAGAAACCAACGAGUCGCCGCCGCCGUAUAGUUUGUGA